UACUCUUUUGAUUAUCAUUUCCCUUUACAGACUCGUAGCGUAUAGAACGUAACAUUGUGCACUUGAUCUUGUAUUUGUACUUGUAUUUCAACAAUUAGUGAAAAAGAUAAACUGCAACAAUAUGGCUCAAAAUCAAAUUGCCGGCAAGGAAAACAUUACAGACAAUCUGGAGAAAUUCUCGCUUAAGAGUCCCAGCAAGAAAGUUUUGACGGAGAACACCAACAACGUUCGCAAAAUGUCUAUUACCACUGAGGACAAAGAUACCGACAACAAAACUGGACAAGGCGUCAUGGACAAGGCUGGAGCUCAUUUUGAUCCCUCGCUGGAGCCACUUUUAAGAGAGAAUCCGCGUCGUUUUGUCAUUUUUCCCAUACAAUAUCAUGAUAUUUGGCAGAUGUACAAGAAGGCCGAAGCCUCAUUUUGGACUGUGGAAGAAGUGGAUCUGUCUAAGGACAUGACUGACUGGGAACGUCUUACAGACAAUGAGCGUCACUUUAUUUCACAUGUGUUGGCAUUUUUCGCAGCCUCUGAUGGCAUUGUCAAUGAGAACCUGGUUGAGCGCUUUAGUCAAGAAGUGCAGAUAACAGAGGCACGCUGCUUUUAUGGAUUCCAGAUUGCGAUGGAGAAUGUCCACUCGGAGAUGUAUAGUGUGCUCAUUGAUACGUAUGUCCGUGAUCCCCAACAGCGUGACUAUCUGUUCAAUGCAAUUGAAACAAUGCCGGCUGUGAAGCGCAAGGCUGACUGGGCAUUAUCAUGGAUAUCCUCCAAGGCUGCCAACUUUGGCGAGCGGAUUAUUGCCUUCGCCGCCGUUGAGGGCAUUUUCUUUAGCGGCAGCUUCGCCUCCAUUUUCUGGCUAAAGAAGCGUGGCCUCAUGCCUGGCUUGACCUUCUCCAAUGAGCUAAUCUCGCGCGAUGAGGGCUUGCACUGUGACUUUGCCGUGUUGAUGUUCCGCCAUUUGGUGCAACGUCCCAGCCGUGAGCGCAUCAUUGCAAUUAUUGAGGAUGCUGUCAAGAUUGAACAGGAGUUCCUCACAGAUGCUCUGCCAGUUAACUUGAUUGGCAUGAACUGCGCUCUGAUGUCAGAGUACAUUGAGUUCGUGGCUGAUCGCCUGCUGGUGGAGCUUGGUGUGGGAAAAAUCUAUAAUACAAAGAAUCCAUUGACAUUCAUGGAAAUGAUUUCGUUGGACGGAAAAACUAACUUCUUUGAGAAGAAAGUGGGCGAGUAUCAACGCAUGGGUGUCACCUCGAAUCGUCUGGAUAAUGUGUUUACAUUAGAUGCAGAUUUUUAACAAGAAUAAUUUUUGCUCUACACUGACAACUGCAGGGUUCAGAUGUUAACUAAGUAAUUGUAAUAUUCCUUAAUCAACUUUAGUUUUUAAGUUCAACUUUAUCACAAAAAUUCAUUUUUAUUCAUGCUUAAUAUUGUAUACAAAACUUUUAUAAAAAUUUUAACCACGCUCACUUGACUUCCAAAAAAGAAAACAUUCUAAUCGUAUACUAUACAUGCGCAUUUAUUCUAAAUUAUCAUUGUACAUAACAUUUAAAAUAAAUUUUUAAUAUACCACGUAAACAAUUUCACAAUGAUGGUGGGACUACCAUGUGUUUUAAGCUUAUAUGAAAGUAAACAAAAGAUAAAAUUAUGUUUGAAUUAGGGUUGCUAAUAAU